CGGGAGCGCGUGCCUGAGUGCGUGAGGAUUGGGCUCGCGCGCGCACGCACAGAGCAGCUCCACAAACAGGUGGUCACCGGAGUCCACUCAGUGUCCGAAAAACAGCGUCCAAAUGCGGCCAAGAGGCGAGACGUGGGGCCGCCUCUGACCCUCGGCCCCUGGAGCUCAACCCCCGGAGCUCUCCCCGGGGGACUCACCGCGUCUCUAUCCCGAUGUGUGCGCCUGUUUUCGGCUCGGAUUUGACCCCCGGCGCCAGCGGCAGAAGCAGCAGCGGCGGUGCUCCUGUGCUUCGUCCCCGCGUGUCCUCGUCCUGCCGUCGGGUUUGGGAGCCAUGAAAGUGACGGUGUGCUUCGGCCGGACCCGCGUCGUGGUUCCGUGCGGGGACGGGAAUAUCAAAGUGCACUCUCUGAUCCAACAGGCCACCGUACGCUACAAGAAAGCCAUCGCCAAGGACGCCUCCUACUGGCUGCACGUGCAUCGUCUGGAGCACAGCGAUGGAGGGAUCCUGGACCUGGACGACGUUCUGUGCGACGUGGCCGACGACAAAGACAGACUGAUGGCAGUAUUCGAGGAGCAGGAGCCUCAUCACGGUGGAGAUGGGACCAGCGCCAGCUCCACCGGGACCCAGAGUCCAGAUCUGUUUCAGACCCAAAGUCCAGACCUGUUUGGGACUGAGAUCGGAUCCUCUUCGGCCUUCAAACCUUUUCAGAGCAGCAGCGAGAUCGAAGUCACCCCCUCCGCUCUCAGGACAAACAUGCCUCUCCAUGUGCGACGCAGCAGUGAUCCCGCCUUACUGUGCCUAAACGGACCAAUCACGGUGAUCGACUCCAGGAGCCAGAGCGAAGACCCGCCCUCCAGGAAGAACCCCACCCGAUGGUCCACCACAGCAGGGUUCCUCAAGACCAGGAACCCGGGAACCAGCAGCCUCGAGAGAAAGGCCAAAGGUGUGGACACGUACCGCAGUCUGCCCCGCGACGCAGGAACCUGGUCCAAUCAGAGAGAGUUUCAGAGAGAGACUGCGAGGUCAUCACUGAGCGCCAACCACCCCAUGGUCGACCGCUGGCUCGAGAGGCAGGAGCAGGAGGAGGAGAGAGAGGAGGAGAAUGGGAGGAUAGAGCCAGUGGGACGAGCAGACUCCUGUUUAGAGCACUCCCCGAUCACUAACCUGGAAGACAUAGUGAAGGUGGUGGAGGUGUCUAAUGACGGGGGUCCUCUGGGGAUCCACGUGGUGCCCUUCAGUGGGCGGGACCGCAGGACUCUGGGGUUGCUGGUUAAACGCCUGGAGCGCGGAGGUAAAGCCGAGCAGCAGAGCCUUUUCCAGGAGAACGACUGUAUCAUUCGGAUCAAUAACGGAGACCUGAGAAACAUACGAUUCGAACAAGCUCAGAACAUGUUCCGAGCGGCGAUGCGUUCUCCUGUCAUAAUGUUCCACGUGGUUCCCUCCUCUAUGAAGUCCGAGUACGAGCAGCUGUCCCAUCCCGAACGCACCCUCUCCCACCAAGAGAGGACCUCCGACAGGACCUCCGACAGGACCUCCGACAGGACCUCCGACAGGAACCCACAGUCUGAGCACCUCUCCUCUGGCCCCUCCCAUCCCUCGCUAGACCGAUUCAGCCCGGAGACUCUCAGCUCUGGGUCGUUCUCUGGUCUCGACCGAACUCCGAACCGGACUUCCAGAUCACAAAUCCACCCGGACCAAUCGGAGCCGUACACGCCCACCGUGCCCCACCCGCCCGUCGUCUCCGCCGCAAAACCUCCAACAGGCCACACCCCCCACCGGCCAGCGGCCAAUCAGACGACAGCAGGCGUCACCAAGAAGAUCGGGAGGAGGCUCAACAUCCAACUACAAAAAGGUCCAGAGGGUUUGGGCUUCAGUAUCACCUCCAGAGACGUACCUGUGGGAGGCUCCGCACCCAUCUACGUGAAGAACAUCCUGCCAAGAGGGGCCGCAAUCCAGGAUGGCCGGUUGAAGGCAGUAGACAGGCUGCUGGAGGUGAAUGGUGUGGACUUGAGCGGUCGCACUCAGGAGGAAGUAGUGUCCCUGCUCAGAGCGACCCCUAUGGGCGGCUCUGUGUCACUGCUGGUACUGCGCCAAGAGGAGGCCUUCCUGCCUCCAGACACGAAGUCUGAGGAGGAGGAGUUGGUCUUGACCCCAGAUGGGACCAGAGAGUUCUUGACUCUGGAGGUGCCUCUCAGUGACUCUGGCUCUGCUGGACUUGGGGUCAGUGUGAAGGGGAACAGAUCCAAGGAGAACCACGCUGACCUGGGCAUCUUCAUCAAGUCUAUCAUCAACGGAGGAGCUGCCUUCAAGGACGGCCGUAUGCGCGUGAACGACCAGCUCAUCGCAGUGAACGGAGAGUCCUUAUUGGGUAAAACCAACCAGGACGCCAUGGAAACGCUACGGAAGUCCAUGUCCGUGGAGGGGAACCGCAGAGGCAUGAUCCAGCUCAUCGUAGCCCGACGCAUCUCCAAGCACAACGGGGACGCCCCCUGCAGUCCGCUGGGGGCGCGGCAGUCUCAGGACUCUUCUCUGGAUGAACACGAGCGAAGGAUCUCUCACUCUUUGUACGGAGGUCUCGAGGGGCUGGACGAAAACCUGAUGCCCCGCCACGGAAUGAUGCCCAGGACUAUAGCGCACUACCAGCUGUCUCCCACUGUGAACAUGCCUCAGGACGACACCGUGAUGAUCGAGGAGGACCGCCCUCAUCACCUGCCCCUCCUGCCCCCUGGCCUCUCUGACCACUCCUCCUCCUCCUCCCAUGACGAGCCCGGCUUCUGUCCCCGAGAUGACCUCCCGAACCUGGGAUACAACGCGGAGAGAGUCCCCCCCUGGGCCCAGGAGCUGCCCAGCCAACCAGACAGCACUCUGGGCCCCGAGGAGCCUCACGCAGACGGAGCAUUCCUCAGAGAAGGUUUUGGACGUCAGAGCAUGUCCGAGAAACGCACCAAACAGUUCAGCGAUGCCUCCACGCUCGAGAUCAUCAAGACCAGGAAGUCCAAGAGCAUGGACCUGGUGGCUGAUGAAAUUAACCUCCUCCCUCGCCCUGAAACCAUUGCAGGCUCCUCCUCCCGAGACAUUGGCCCCUCCUUGGGCCUGAAAAAGUCCAGUUCGUUGGAGAGUUUGCAGACCGCUGUGGCCGAGGUGACUCUGAACGGAGACGUCCCCUUCCACAGGCCACGCCCACGCAUCAUCCGGGGGCGGGGCUGCAACGAGAGCUUCAGGGCCGCCAUCGACAAAUCAUACGACAGAGCGCCGGCACCUGAGGAGGAGGACGAGGGAAUGGAGACGUUGGAGGAGAACUCAGAGGAGAGCUCUCGUUCCGGUCGGGAUUCGGUCUCGACGGUCCCCGACACGACUCCUCUCUCAUCUUCGGAAAAACCUUUGACCAACGGCACAACCAAACCCAAAGAGGAGAGGAAGAAGAGCCCUGACAAGCCUGGAAAAGAACGGAAGAAACAGGAAGUCGGCAAGGACAAACAGGAAGUCUCCAAGGACCCCAAGAAAGAUGGUGGCAAGUCUAAGAAGGGCGUCCUGAAGGGGCUCGGAGACAUGUUCAGAUUUGGUAAGAACCGUAAAGACGAGCGUCCUGCCGAGAAGAUGGACCGGAAGGGCUCCUCCAAAUGGAGAACAGAGGAAACUGCAGACGAAGACAUGCUGAGGAUGAGGCUAGAGCAGGAGAGGAUCCAGGCGAAGACUCGGGAGCUGCGGGAACGUCAGGCCCGAGAGCGGGACUACGCAGAGAUCCAGGACUUCCCCAGGUCUCCGGACAGAUCAUCCCAGGACGAGCACCUCUACGCCGGAGUGAGCGGAGUGAACAGCCCCCUCCCAUCCCACGGCGCUCCUGAGGACUACCCCCACACGUCCCCGCUUCACCUGUCCCACCACCAGACCCAGCACCUGCCCCAGCACCAGCACCACCUGUCGGACUCUGCCUACACCCAAGUCAGCAAGAGCCGCAUGGACAGGCCCCCCUCUGCAGACAGUUCUCGCCUGACUCCGUCCAACCACGACCGGAUACAGCGUCUGCGACAGGAAUUCCAGAGAGCGCAGCACCUCCCGGAAGACCAGGACCAGGAAGACCAGGACCAGGAUCAGGGCGGAUAUGGCUAUGGACCGAGCCAGAGCCAGAGCCAGAGCUGGAGUUGUGCUAACAACGCUAACGGAGGCUACAGUGUCCCGGGACGCCAUUCUGUGUCUGUGGAAGUUCAACUACAAAGACAGAGACUGGAGGAGAGAGAGGCGUUUAACCAGGCACAGAGGCAGUACAGCUCCUUACCAAGGCAGCCGAGGAAGCAGCUGAGUUCCGUGUCCCAGGACUCUUGGGACAGAGCGUUCCCGCCUGGCGAAGCCUUCCAGUCGGCUAAAGAAAACCCUCGUUACUCCUCCUACCAGGGCCCCCGGAACGCCAGCGCCGGGUACCAGACGGCAGGCAGACCCAACGGCUACCAGCGUGGGAAUGGGUACGCCGGCGGAGCAGUGGGCGGAGGAGGCGUGGCUGUGGGUGGAGCCGUGAACGCGCGGGUGCUCCUCGAGGCUCAGGAGUUACUAAGGCAGGAGCAGAGGCGCAGGGAGCAGGAGGCGGGGUUUAGCGGCUCUUCGUCCAAUCCGGCGUCUCCGAAAGGCCCCUUCAGACAGGAUGUCCCGCCCUCGCCCUCUCAGCUCGUGCGACUCAACAGACUCGGGUCAGAAAAGGGGCGGCCAUUUUUCUCCUGAGACCUGCUCAGACUCAACAUCUGCAGCACCACAAGUCUACAACAGAAAAAACGACUUGAAAUCACAAUAUUCCACUGUUAUGGAAACAUUUUAACGGCACAUAUUAUGCAAAAUGGACUGUUUGACCUUGUGUGUUCAUUCAGCUGCGAUUUCUUCAGUGUAAUGUUCCACAGUACGGUAUUAAAGAGGGGAUGUUUGGUAAAAUUCUUUUUUUUUUUCUUUUUUUUUAGCUUUCUACCAUGUUAUAACACUGUUCCCUCAUCAAAAACAUUUCUAAAGAGGAUUUAGAUGUGAUCUUUGUAUCUUUGGGUAAUCCACAACUUUGUAUGUUGGGCCCUCUUCAAACCCGCCUUAUGGUUAGCUGUAUGAUCCUGUACAAGGCUCCGCCCACAAUCCUACAUCACUCAUGCUUCCACACAACAAUUCUCCAUAAAUUUACAAAAACAUGAUACAAAACUGUACACAGCAACUGUGAUGUGCAGUUGUUGCAUUAGUGGGACAAGCAGGUAAGUAAGCAAAGUUACAGGUCAGAUCUUUGGUGACUCCACACCUCCGUGUUUUUUUUGUGGAUGUAUGUAGUUUUAUCAACUCAACCGCCUGUAACUGGAUAAGUGUAAGGUAGAUCACUUUAAUGCCAUACUGUGGGACAUUUCAGGGAAAGAAAUAACAUCUCCGUGGAGACGAGCAGGUGGCGUUCCCCCAAGCAGAAAAGUUACUUAGUGCACCUUUAAUCCAAAGUCACCUCUCAAAAAUACUCCGUUCACAUAUUGCACAUAUUGCACAGAUAAAGCUCCAGUCUCCUUCUGUGCAGUUUUAAGUUCAUAAACAUUACCAGACUCAUUCUGCGCUCAAGAUGUGCUCAGAACUGACACUGGCUCUGUUAGCAUAGCAUAGCAUAGCAUUAGCAUAGCAUCACUGUAGCAGCAUAGCAUUCAUAGGGAGAUGGACCUCAUAAGGACAAUAUACCUCAUUGGAAACAGAGGUGAAGUUUAUAAAGAGUUGUUGUUUUUUUACAAGUAAUUUUUACCUGAAUGUUCCACGUUAUGACUUUAAACUUACCAUACCCUUGUAUUUAUUCAAUCACCAGUGUCCUUAUGGCAAAUCAAAAUAUCUUGAUAAUACCUUGCACUCUUACUGUGAAGGAGCUCACCUGUGAUGCCACAUGCCUGUCUCCGUGGCGAUAAGUUUAAUGCCACAUUGCGGAUCAUUGUAUAAAGCAAUAACUUGAACAUCUGCAGAUUACCUAGAGACAUUUGACCCGCCCCCGUCUCAGUCUAACACUACAGAGACAUAGAAGGAUGGGAGGGCAUCUGACACAUGGAGUAAGGUUAAUAUUGUGAUUUCAAGUUUUGUUGCUGUGGUCGUAGUUUGGACUGAAUGCUCUUAUACAAGUGUUUUCCAGCACUUUUUUUGUCACCGAUUUGAACGUUUUUUUGAAAAAGGGACGAACUCAAACAUGUCUAGAGUCUGUAACGGACGAGGCUGUGGCGGGAGACGCUAGCACGAAAACGAACCAAAUACAGCCGCGCCUGCUUAUAUAGCACCGCGUGGCAAACAUUAGCACCACGUGGCUAACGUAGCGGUGUGUGGCUAACUUAGCAUCGAAAUGAAGGAUUGUUUCACUGUUUUAUCUGAAGUCGUUCACAAGUUUUUUGUGGUUUUCAAAGUAUUUUAGGAAUUUGUCUUUUGUAUUCAACAGGGUCUGAUGAAAUAAAAUGCCAAAAUAUUUUCAAA